GAGAAUGGAAUCAUGGUACCAUUUGAAGUUUGCUCUAAGAAAUUUUUAACCCACGAGCUCAGGAAUCCAUUCACUUCACGAGAUUCCCUCACCUUUUCUCUGUGCUGCCAAAGGAGGUGGAGCUUCCUACUGGAGAGAUGGUAUCCAUUGGGGUCGAGUAUGAACGGGUGCGUAAGAGGUGCUUUCAGUGUCAGAGGCUUACUCAUGAUAGGUCUCGGUGUCCAUUUAACCCUCAGAACCGGCACUCUAGUGCUACGGGUGGGGUUGAAACUGCUGCUUCUGGUUCAGUUACCAAAAUUACACAACUGGGAACUGAUGAUCCAUUGUUUGGUGUGUUAACUAACGACGAUGUGGGUCUUGAUGCUACAACAGGAAGACCAAAAAUUUCAAAAGAGGUUCUGGAUGAGAUGCGCAGCUACUUGUCAGUGGCUGAUCCUACGGAGAAGCUAGCCCGUAUUGAUAGAGUUAGGAGAUCGGUGUGGAACUUAGAAGGUGACCCGCAAGGACAGAAGACUUUGCUAAGAUUGGAACCGGCAACGGAAGUCACAACUAAUGUCAACAAAGGGAAGGGUCUGGUUUUUGACUUUGACACUAAAAAGGCCAAUUCUCAAAAUGUUGCAGGUGAAAAAUUAAUGGCUUCUGCGAUUAAAGCUAGUACUGCUAUAACAAGAUUCAAUCACGUGGAGGCUCCUUAUACUGAUUCAAGGUCUUUAAAUCCUCUUCUUCAUCCUUGUUCUACGGUGUUUAAAACUGGUGGCAACGCUAGUUCUUCCGGGACAAGUGAUACGAUUAAAAAAUAUCGUCGGAGACCAAGUCAGCAUAAGAGAAAAUCGCAGGCUGCAAAGGAGACUAAGGAGUAUCGAAAACCAGAGUUGGUAUACAGAGAAAAGGUCAAACAAGAUGGAGCGGAUGGUCUGACUUUAAAGAGGAAAGCUGAGGAGGUUGGGUUGUCAUCACCUAAGAUUGCUAGGCGGUCUGAAAAUGAUUUAGCGGUGGUUCCGUAUGAGGAACCGCCGAAGCAAGUAUGAGCAUUCUCAGCUGGAAUUGUCAGGGAUUGAGGAGCUCGCUGACAAUUCCUACUUUAAAGGAAAUGAGACGUGUUCAUUUCCCGGAUAUUUUGUUUCUCCUAGAGACGAAAAACUCUAGUAAUCACGUGUUGAAUGUUAAGCAAUGGUUAGGUUAUGAUUCUGCUCAUAUUGUUGAUCCUGAAGGGUUGAGUGGAGGCUUGGCACUGUUUUGGAAAGCUUCAUAUGACGUUGAGAUACUUCACUCAGAUAGAAGAAUUAUAGACACAAAAAUCAAGAUUGGGUCCUUGU